UAAAAUGGCAGCCUUGGUUUUAAUAUUUACAGAGACUAGGCCUAGGCUACUCCAAAUUAUACAUAGGCCUACAUUUGGUGGAUGAGAGCUCUAACAAUGUUGUUUGGAGAGGGUAGUGUAGGCUAUGCUAUCCUGUGAAAGAAAAGUCACUUCCGAAUGGGCGCAAUAAUAAAGAUAGGCCUGCCUAUAGGCUAGACUAGGCUACAUCUAAAUGUAGGCUAUUGUAUUUAGAAAGAUACAUUUUAUAACAAGCAGUUUCUGUUGUGUAUCGGAGCGCAAGAAGUGGUAGGGAUGGACUGAUAGAGUGUGUAAGAGAGAGAGAGAGAGAGAGAGAGAGAGAGAGAGAGAAAGAAAGAAAGAAAGAGAGGGACUGCGCUUAGAGCUGGAGUGCGCGCGGGAUAGCACACCGGCUGGAUCGGGGAGUCGCGAGGAUGGAGAUCCGACCAGACAGGUUUAAGGCAGUUGCAGCCAAGAAUCUGGGAAAGAUACACAGAAUCCUAGAAAAGCGUCAGCCCAAUGGCGAGACCAUCGAGCUUUCGGCCGAGGGCCGCCCAGAGCUUGUGGAGGAGAAGGAGAUGCCCGUGGUGGACUGCACCUGCUUCGGCCUUCCCCGUCGCUACAUCAUCGCCAUCCUCUCAGGCCUGGGCUUCUGCAUCUCCUUCGGCAUCCGCUGCAACCUGGGCGUGGCCAUCGUCAGCAUGGUCAACGACCACACCGUCUGGAAGGGUAAUAAGGAGGUCCUGGUGGCAGCACAGUUCAGCUGGGAUCCAGAGACCGUGGGGAUGAUCCACGGGUCCUUCUUCUGGGGAUACAUUGUCACACAGAUUCCCGGAGGUUUUAUAUGUCAAAAAUAUAAAGCUAACAAAGUGUUUGGCUUCGCCAUAGUGGCCACAUCCACUCUCAACAUGCUGAUUCCAUCUGCUGCUCGUACACACUACAGCUGUGUCAUACUAGUCAGGAUAUGCCAAGGCCUCGUCGAGGGCGUAUCUUACCCAGCAUGCCAUGGGAUCUGGGCCAAAUGGGCCCCGCCUCUAGAGAGAAGUCGACUGGCCACAACAGCAUUCUGUGGUUCCUAUGCGGGAGCUGUGGUGGCCAUGCCUCUUGCUGGAGUGUUGGUUCAGUAUGUAGGGUGGCCUUCAGUCUUCUACGUCUAUGGCAGUUUUGGGAUAGCAUGGUAUCUGUUCUGGAUCCUGGUGUCGUAUGAAAGCCCAGCAGCCCACCCCACUAUCACCCCUGAGGAGAGGAAGUACAUCGAGGAAGCCAUCGGAGAGUCAGCAGGUUUUGCCAAUCCUCUACAGAAAUUCAAAACCCCGUGGAGAGCAUUCUUCACGUCCAUGCCGGUGUACGCCAUUAUCGUAGCCAACUUCUGCAGGAGCUGGACUUUCUACCUGCUUCUCAUCAGCCAGCCGGCCUACUUUGAGGAAGUGUUUGGCUUUGAGAUCAGCAAGGUGGGGAUGGUGUCGGCCUUGCCACAUCUGGUGAUGACCAUCGUUGUGCCCAUCGGAGGACAGCUGGCAGACUACCUUAGAACACACAACAUCAUGACCACCACCAACGUCAGGAAGCUCAUGAACUGUGGAGGGUUUGGAAUGGAGGCCACUUUCUUGCUGGUGGUGGGAUACUCUCACACCAAGGUCAUGGCCAUCUCCUUUUUAGUCAUCGCUGUGGGCUUCAGUGGAUUUGCCAUCUCAGGUUUCAACGUGAAUCAUUUGGAUAUUGCCCCCCGCUAUGCCAGCAUUUUGAUGGGCAUUUCCAACGGAGUGGGCACCUUGUCGGGUAUGGUGUGCCCUCUUAUAGUGGGCGCCAUGACCAAACACAAGACGCGUGAAGAUUGGCAGGGUGUCUUCCUCAUCGCUUCAGUUGUUCACUAUGGUGGAGUGAUUUUCUAUGGAAUCUUUGCGUCAGGGGAGAAGCAGCCGUGGGCGGACCAGGAGGACACUAGCGAUGAGAAGUGUGGCAUCAUCGACGAGGACGAACUGGCCAAUGAGACAGAAGAGAUGUACCGCACAGGCGGAGGGGGGCAGUACGGAGCCAUGAGCCAGCCAACAGCGGGCCCCAACGGAGGAGGGGGUGCUGGAGGGGGGGCAGGGUGGGUCCAGGACUGGGAGAAGACGGAGGAAUAUGUUCAACCUCCGGGAUACAACCAGUAUCUCUACGGAGGGGAGGGAGAGAGGGAGCUCACAUAAUGCACUAUUCAGACUUGAGAUAAGUUGACUAAACAUGGACCUAAGUCUAAAAAGGCUGACUUAAGUCCAUGAUUUAUUGACUUAAGUUCAUGUUAAGUAUACGGUAACUUUCUCAAGUCUGAAGAGUAGGGAGAUGGGGAAAAGAGAGAGAGAGGUGAAAUAAGAAAGGACAGAUGUUUUGGAAAAAGGACAUGUAGUGAGGGAAGAUAGAGGGUUAGCAAAUUGUCAUAGGUGUGUUUUUGUAUAUACGUACAUUUA